UGAGGUUAACCAGAACCCCCUGCUUAUAUGCAUUUCAUUGCAUUUAAAUUCUUUUUUUCAUCUAAAAACCCUGCACUUUAUCAACUGCACUUUGCAGACAUGCAACAUUGAUUCUACACAGUGCAAAGCCAAAGCACGAGCCAGCAUGUGAAAAGAAAUGCCUCAGCAAGAACAAAGACAAUGCAACUCUCCAGUGGGCAUCAACAACAUGUCGAGCUUGCGUGUUGCUCACCAGCUCAGCUGCAACAGCCAACAGCCAAUGCAAACCGAUGCAAGUCAUCCUUCCAUCUGCACGUGCACACGCUCGUCACUUUUUGAGGUUCCCCUCACAGUAGCUUUAAAAACUCACUUUCAUCCGUGCAUCAUUGAGAGGAUGUGUGCUUUUGCUUUCCAGAUCAAUUUAUUGCCAGCAAAUAGGCGCUGGAUGUUCUAAAGCAUCGAUGCAUUGGGGAAACUGAGACUCAUGGCAAAGUGGUUCAGAGAUCACCUAAGUUUUGGCAGCAGGAAAGGACCGCCGCAGCCCCCAAAACCGGACUACACUGAAAGUGAGAUACUACGGGCCUACAGGGCUCAGAGAGAGCUGGACUUUGAGGACCCAUACAAACCCUCGGAGAACCGGGUGCUGAACGGCUCAGGGUCGGUGGAAACAUUCCCUGCGUUUGGCGUGGUGCUUUCCAACGGUGUGGAGGUGAAGAUUGUGUCUCCCAAACACAGACUGAUAAAAGUGGAAUCUCAGGAAUUUGGGAAUAGCAAAAUACCGCUGAACAUCGUGACCUUUGAGGAACCGCAGGCUCCUGUAGUUCCCUCGGCUCCUGCGGUCAGGGAGACUGAUUACUCUGACCCGUUUGAUGCCAGGCCGGACCCGCGGCCCGGCCCCGGCUGGGAGCAGAACGCCGUCGAAGCCUGCAGCAGUUACAUGGAGCCGUUUGAGGCCCAGCAAUUCAUAAGCGAGCUCCAGCACAGCACAGAUGAAGGUAGAAACAGCCCACAGCUCUACGACAGCCCGUACGAGGAGAGAGUUCGGCCCCAGGCCGCCCCAGUGGAGGACGAGAGAGAGAGCCGUCUGCCCCAGGACGACGAGAGGCCAGCGGAUGAGUACGACCAGCCCUGGGAGUGGAAGAAAGACAACAUCUCCAAAGCCUUCGCUGUAACUUUUGAAGCCAGAGACUGGGAACAAUGUACACUGCCCCGUGACGAGACACCGAUGAAGACAGGUGCGUCCAGAAUCAGCCCUCCAUUCAGUAGAGCCACCAGUCUUCACAAGCCCAUCCUGGGAGAGAGGGUGGAUCCCACACUGCCCCUGGAGAAACAGGUAUGGUACCAUGGUGCAUUGACUCGCUCAGAAGCUGAAUCUCUGCUUACGCUGUGUAAGGAGUGCAGUUACCUGGUGAGGAAAAGCCAGACCAGCAGAAACGACUACUCGCUGUCUCUCAGGAGCUGUCACGGGUUCAUGCACAUUAAGUUCUCGCAGUCUCAUGAUGGGAAGUUCAUCCUGGGAGAGAACAGUUUUCCGUUUGACUCCAUCCCCGAAGUCAUUCAUUACUACACCACGAACAAACUGCUCAUCCGUGGAGCCGAACAUCUGUCCCUGCUGUUCCCGGUGCUGGUGCAGACGCUCUGAGACCACACACACACACACUCGCACGGGCUUCACUCAGAUGGCUACUGUAGUGCUUCAUUUUCAAUCACAUAUCGCAGGCUCUUCAAGAGUUUUAUUUGUGUGUGGAGUGGGAAUAAGAUUUUUCAGGUGUGUGAAUGAAAACACAGUCGGCCUGUACAGACACUGUAUUGAUGUGCUGCACACAUGUGAAGAAUAUUUUACACACCUCUGGACUCUAAAGUGUCUUCGCAUCACACUGGGAACUGUUAUUAUUCUCUUCUCUGCUCAAAACUCUUCAAAUGAUAGUUUUCAAAUUUGAGGAUAAAAUGUAGCCCGACCAAAGUAUUUAUAAAACUUUUACUAAAUACUUAAAAGCAAUGAUGUACAGUACGAAUCCCAUCCUCUGUAGGAUUUCUUGCUUUA